AUGGCCUUCGGUGGUGGAUACGUACAGGAAUCAAUAGGCGGCCUCGUCGUCGAUCCGCGAGACCGAGCCGAACGUGAACGCAUCAACACCGAAAUGGAUGCCAACAUAAUCAGCUAUGGUGACAUUGAUCUGCUCUUUACCAACUUCAAGUCGGAAGACGGCCGGAUGGUCCUGAACAUCUCCUGCAAUAAGUCGGAGCUCGUUUUUGAGCAGAACGAAGUCCCACAACAAGUGACGUGCAAUUUGACAUACGCACUUACUGUGCCUAUCGCUCUCUCCUUCGAAAUUGACUACCCUCCAGUGGCACAAUUAGCUCCUGCAUUCUGGCUGCAUCUGCAGCCUACCUCGUCUGGACAAGUGACCAUUCCGCUGAACCUGAAAAUCCUGGGUGUACAGAUGGGCAUAGCCUAUCUGAGAAUUUGGGCUCGUAAAGCCAUCGAGCAGAGUGGAUCCGGUCUCUAUGUGUGGCACAAUUGGAGCCGGACCGACCCUCAACUCGUGGAUGCCUACUUGUCGACACUGAUGAACAGGAGUGAGUUCGGCAGCAGUGACUCCGUCAUGGGUCUUCCGGUUAAAGUUUUGCGAGAACGUGGCGUAUUGGAAAUGGUUUUCAGGGUGAUAGUUGUAUGUCUGGUCAUUGCGCUUACGUUUGCAAUGGGAUGCGAGCUGGAUCCCCGUCUGAUUUGGAAGCAUUUGAAGAAGCCCGUGGGGCCAAUCAUUGGUUUCUGUUGUCAAUUCGGAAUCAUGCCACUGGUGAGUUCGAACUGACCAUAUGUCAUUUAAUGCUGAGAAGCUCCGUGUCAUCAGAACUGAAGCUUUUGCUUUCGAACACAAUAAGCCCUGUGUGGAUACGUAAUUUGUCUCAUGAUAUGCCCUCCGUUGUGGGGUUUUAAUUCAGCCGGUGCUGCUUAUGUUUGUCAAAAAACUCAUCUUAAAUUCUUAACCAGAAUCUCCACAAAUGGAUAGGAAAUCUCCGAAAUAUUUUAUUGGGAAUGAAAAAGUUGCGAAUUUACAGUGCAGUGAUAUUUCCGCUUGCUUAUUUCGGAACUUAUACAUUGUUGAGCGAUCUUCUGAGGUGCUAAAACCAAAAACGCCUUUUGAUUUUCGAUGAUCAGCGAAUGUUUCGUCACAAAAUUAGACUGUAAUAUUUUUUCUGGCUCGUUUACAUGAAUGUUAUUCAAUUAGUUCAUGGCAGUUGACGGUCUUUGACUCAACUGUUUAUUAAAAUUUCGCGACUUCUAGGAGUUUUCAGUCCUUCCACAAAUAAUUUCUGAAAAUAUUAGUUUAGAAUGCGCGGGAUGGCACGACUUAUAAAAUCGCACAGACUCCUUUAAAAAUCGUUGCUAUGUACAAGUCAGCCCUCCACCCCGAAAAAUCAAUUUUACUUUUAACGAGAUCCAAUUUACGACUGCGGCCGGGCAGCACCUCCGAUUCGUAUUUGAUAGGUCAUAUCUCUUUCCGUAGCGCCCUGAUACACUCGUGAUAUUUCCACUGAGAAAUACAGACAAUUUCUACGAAAAAUGGCUUCGGCAGAUCUGCAUUUGCGCUGCCUAAUAAAAUAGGGAUUUCUGAAACCAGCCCCAGGAAUAGUUUUUGAGCACACAGAGGAAUAGGAACAUUUCGUCACUGCAAAGGGCAUGAGAAACUGAACUUUGGACUUUUGGAAGUUGAAGAACUUAUGAACCAUAUCGCGCACAUUCUUUAUCCGUCAUCUGUGCUGCAUGCAUGUGUUUUUUGUGUUUCUGAAUCCAGGAAAUCGUCAGCGCUAUGGGGGUAGAAUAAGACCCAAAGGGUGCUGUAACGACCCAUGUGCACUUUCGUUGACACCUAUUUGAUAUUGUAUCUUAACUCGGUUUUGCCUGGUAUGUGUUAACCUAUUUGUAUUCUUUGCCAAAAGUAUGGCGUAUUAUUCGAUUACGUCGUAGAAAGUGACUUAUCUCACUCAAACACUCAUUAAAAUUUCGCAAUUACCCCGAAGACUUUUUGUCCUGGAAAGGGAAUUCCAAGUCCUUCCACAAAUAAUUUCUGAAAAAUUAGUCUAGAAUGCGCGAGAUGGCAUGACUCAUGAAAUUUCACGGACACUUUAAAAAUCGUUGUUACAUAUCAGUCGCCCCUUCGCACUCCCCAAAAGUGGAUUUUACUUCUUAAGAGGACAGAUGUACGACUCCUGUCGAGCAGCAGCUAAGAUUUGCAGUUGAUGGGUCUUAUCUCUUCGUUUAGCGCUCUGAUACACUCGCGAAAUCCAGGCAGUUGUAACGAAAAAUGACUUCGGCACAUCUGCAUUUGCAUUUUCUAAGAAACUCGAAUUUCUGAUACUAGCACCAGAAAUCCCUUUUGAAAGCACUGAACAACAUGAUUAUGUCGCAUCUCCAAGGGACAUUGUAAAAGCCUUCUCAGACGAAGUCAUCAUCCCCACUACUACAUGGACAAGUAGGAAAAUUAAACAUUGGAGUUUUGUUCGUUGAAGUACUUAAAACCCGUCACCUGUGCUGUGUGCACGUACAAUUUUGUGUUUCUGGUUCCAGACGGUUGUCAGUGCUAUCUCUAUCUCUAGACCCAAACUUUGCUGUAAUGAUUCAUCCGCACUUUUGUUGGCACACAGUUUGGUCUGAUAUGUGUUUCCCGCUAGUAUUCUCUGCAAAAAGUUUGGCAUAUUUUAGUUUCAAAAGUUAAUGGACCUAUUUUCACCAACUUUGAUGCAGAUUUAAGUAAACCGAAAUUCAAAAAUGCUUUUUUUGACCCGAACAAUGACUUGAGCAGAGUUGUAAUACCAAUCGACGUUAGGCAUAAUCCCAAAAUGAUGCAGUUACUUCAGGAUGCCGGCUUUUAAAUGAGCUUCUCACCGGCCGCCUGUAAAAACGACUUUCUGUAGAGCAUCGCUGCUUACGUAACGUGAAUUUUUUCAUUGAUUUUCAAUACCAUUGUAAAUUCGAAAAUAUUUCGCAGAAAAAAUUUACAAAAAUAUUCAUUCUUUUAAUAAUUUGGUAGAAAAUUAUGUCUUCUUUAAACUUCACACUUGAAAGAAAGCUAUAAUUUACCAAACAACUUCACCUUUUCGCAAAUAAUUUCGAACCCGAACUGCCGCUGUACUUACAUCCAGGGUUUUGACACUACAAGAUGCACACAUUUCGUUUACGGAAAAUAAUACAUUUCGAUACCUUAUUAAGAGGAGAAUAUAAAAAAAUUAUAAGAUUCAGCAGUGGAUUUGAGCCAUAUUGCAAACGUUACAGGCAAAAUUGGUAAAUGCAGGGACACGUUUUAUGAACGGGCAUUUCGCGGUCAUAAAAUAUCUGACGACUAAAAAACUUUUUAAAACCGCAUUACGCCAUUCUUUCAAGUACAAAAUUUGAAGAAGUAAUUUGCGUCCAAAUAAGAAAGCGAGUAAAUAUUUUUUGUAAGUUUUAGAUGAAAUAUUUUAGGAUCUAUAGAGGCAUUGAAAAGAAGUGAGAAAAAUGUAUGCAGUAUAUGUAGUCACUUUUUUCAGAUUGCGGUUUCUUAAGGCGACCAGAAAGAAGAUAGUUCAAAAGUCGGCAUCGUGAAGUUUUUGAAUUAUCCUGGGAUAAGGCCUCACGGUGAUUAAUAUUACAAUCCUACAUAGGUGAUCUUUUCAAGUCAAAAACCCAUUAUCGAUUUUCGGUUAACAUCUCAUGAGUAAGCGCGCGUCUGUGUCCCGCGUCGUUCCGGAAGUGAGCCGAUUUGAGUAUAUGGAAAUCUGACUACGAUGAACGAUCGGAAGCGUAUAACAUACCAACAUUCAUGCAAUCGACUUUUAGUGCUGUUAGGUGAUCUGAGGAGCGGACGAUGAACUCUCUGCUUCAUGAGCAUUACGACUGCCAGUGAAGAACGCCUCCAAACAGUCAGUCAGCAAUAGGCCAACGGCAAACUCUGUGUCCGAGCUUCUAAUCCCGAGUUAGGCGAUUGUCGGGCAAUGCUCUCACCACUGCGUUGACAGGCUCGCGUCUGUAUGGACGUGUGCAGCCCGGACUAACGUGAGGACAGCAAUUGGGCCAGACACAGUUACUCCCUUGUCUCUUUUUUUCAUUAAAAUCUCCGUAGCUGCUUACUGCUCGUUGUUGCGCGCGACGACCUCUGUAAGCAGCCGACUCCAAAUGUCACUGUAGAUCCGAGGUGUUCUUUUUUCCCGGAAUUCAAGGUAGAUGGGUGCGCGUCACUCCCAUCUGACGCAUCUUAUUAUGCCGCUGUUGGUGAGUUUUUGUCAUACCUGAAAGAAAGUGGACUUUUUUAAAUUAUGCAAACGACUUUUGCUGCUGAUUUCUUAAUUAGUUUGACUUGACGAUAGUUCCCUCUAGGGGCGCGUAGUAUAGGCAGAGCAACAUUACACACAAAGACAAGGGAGACUGACAGCCGGCGGUCAAUAAGUCAGAAAUGGCCAAUCCAGUCUCCCUUGUCUUUAUCGGCAAUGCUAUUCUGCAUAUAUAUAUAUAUAUAAUAGGGGGCACUCACCGAUCGUUCGUACGGAACAACCUCGUUCCGUUGUGCCUUAUGGACUCUAUCUCCAGUUCAACCUUUGUCGGUCUAAAAUCUUUGCUAGUAGGCAUGUAUUAAAAAAGAAAGAGAGUGAGUUCUCCUCAAAAAUUUACAAGACGGUGGCACCAGCCGGCCGCCGAAUAAAAUUAACAAGAACGAAAGUGAGAUUUCACCGCUAGAUCAUUUACUGAAACAAGGCAGACCACUGAUGUUUGAGAGCGGUGAACACGGAGUGACAGUGGAUUUUUGGGCUGCGGGAGAAGGGGUAGUGAGCGGUUGCGACUCUCUUUGCCGGGGGGAGGGGGAGAGGAGGGAGGAGGAAACGGAUUAAUGUGACUGCAGGCGGCCGGCUUAACGGCAGACAACCGUUUGAACAGCUGUCAGCUAAUAAAGUGAUUGCAUAAUGAUGGCAUGUGUUGGCGUAAACGGGAUCAAUUUUUUUUCCACGGAUAGCGUUCGCAAGUGCAACGGUGGGUUGAAGUUCAGAAUUAUUCGGAAUGUGGAAAAUUUUUGGGAAGCCGAGUCAUACGCUUCCCCCGAAUAUAAAAUUGGAAGAAGACGUCAUUUUCUACCGAAUGAGUGAAAUAAUGAAUAUUUUUAUGCAUGCUUUCCAUGAAAUAUAGUUGAAUUUUAAAUGGCAUCGAAAAUCAAUUAGAAAAUUACAUGCUAAUUAAGUAGCCUUUUUAUCAACUGUGGUUAUAUAUGCGCCGAUAAGAGGUUCGUUCGACAGGCAGCAUCCCGAGACAACUGAAUUAUUAUAGAAUUAUGCCGCAUGAUGAUUAAUUUUAAAACCCUACUAAAGUAGCCAUUUCGAAACGGAAAUGCAUUUCAGGAUUUCCAAUAACCUUUCAUAACUUUGCACACCUACUGUAUCUAGCGGCAUUAAGCAAAGUCGUUGCAGCUUUGUCUGCCCUCACAUAGAAAGUUAAUAUGCUGCAUCAACUUCUGCGGGCGGCAGCCUGUGUGAUUAAAAUCAUAAACUCGCCACAUCACAGUACAUGACGCGUGCUCGGAUAGUCAUACGAAGGCCCGAUGAUCAGUGGAGUCAGUCAGAGGUAACCCCUAGAAGUUCAGAAUCUCUAAAGAAGACGGAGGACGAGUUUUUUGUGUUUACGGUCUGCCUUCGGUAAAAGCAAACUUGAUCAUUUUUAUUUUCACAAAUCUCAUUCAGGAUUGCGAUGACGAUGCUUUAAAUUGUAAUCCAAUGCCUUUGGGAUAAAAAGUAGUUAUUUGCUCAACUGCGGAAGGAAAGGCAAGCGAUCGGCAUUCAAAAUUGGUGGUCAAACUUCUGCCAACUUUGCUGAAAACGCCGGUUAGCUAGAUUUUGACAUUUAUUUAGACACAACACGACAAACCGGGAGCUAUCCCUAAACAGAGAAUAACUCUUUAACCCAUGCUCUUGGAAUAAGUACGCACUAACAUACUCGAGAUAUGAAUUUCGAAAGAAAUAUCACAGGCUUAUAGUCGAACAAAUAAAACACAUUCCAAAUGUAUAGCUUAGGAUCUCUUACGAAGAUAACUGAAGCUAGCACGUAAUCUGUGUACUUAAGCAACACUCGUUUUAAUGAUAACUUGAUAUUGCAUAUGCGAAAGUAAUUAUAUUUACAUAAGAUUGCUACAUCUGUGCCUAACUAGCUGACGCGAAUUAUCACAGACAGCGCUGUAAAAAGAUACAGAAUUUUGCAAUGCCGAUGAUAACUCUUCCUAAUUGAUCGUCCUCCCAUAUAGACUUGUUCGGUUAGAUUUUAUUUCGAAGCCGCACCCGUUAGGGGGUUACGGCUUGUGUGAGGACGCUCUAUCGACGUGUCGAAACGCACUGCAGUGAGCCGGAAGACAAGAUUGCCGAACUACAAAAUUUCCGACGGGUCUUCAGAGCCAAUGGCUACCCGCACAACUUCGUCAACCGGUGCAUACGCAAAAGGGACGAAAGGCCUAACCGCACGGACACCAAAUCUUGGCGAGCGCUUCCGUACCUCAAGAAGGUUUCGGAAGCUGUCGGCCGCCUUCUCGCAUCACUUGGGGUUGCAGUUGCACACAAAACGAAGGCAACCAUCAGACGUCAGUUAAUGAAACCAAAAGACCCGCUGCCACUGCAGGAAACGUCUGGAGUAGUUUAUCGGAUCUGGUGCAGUUGUAGACAAAGCAACUACGUCGGGAAAACCGGAAGACAGUUCGAACGUGAAUGGCUGAGCAAGCUGCAGCAGUGUGCAGAAAUGACGUCAGCUCUCAAGCUGCGACUCAGCCGACGAGAUUCGGCCACAGAUUCAAAUUCGACGAGGCCGUUUUUUUCGCAAGAGGUGACAACCGCGUGGGCCACGAGCUGCUUGAGUCAUGGUUUACUGACUCCCAGUCCAUUAACAAAUGCAAUGACCUUCCUCUUCCAUACUCGGUGCUAAGACUUAGCCUAGGCGGAGUAAUUAGCUACGCGGGGAGCGAACAGGUGAACAUUUCCCCAACACAGAGGUUGGUGCGUCGCAUGAUCGAGCCAUCAUCACACCAACAUGCAACGCACGUGAUGAAAUUGCGGCAAGUGUCCGCCAUCAAACAGUUAUCGCACCAAGUGCAAAGGUCCCUACUGAGGGGGGGAGCCGCGAAUAUUCAUUGGUACGCAGUAGCAUGACGAAUGUAUCCUAUAAAUACUGCAGCCUCUUGUGCAUGAACCACCCGUAUCUACUAUUUGUCUGAUGAUGGGUCCAAACAGGAAUCCGAAACCUCAGGCCAAUAAAGUUCUUGUCCCAGCGAUCGUGUCUCCUUCUUAAAGUUAGGGCUAUGUGUUAUGGGCUGAGGUUAGGCACUGGGGCUACGGACUAAGGUAAGGGAUAUGGGCAAGGGGUUAGGGUACGAGGUUAGUGUUAAGCCCUCUUUUAUGACUGGUCCUGUAUGACAGAUGGCUGGAGCUUUCCUGCUGCAGCUGCGGUAACCAAAUAAGAUUUGACUGUUCAAGUCCAACCAAGAUGGAUCCUAACUUUCCGCUAUUAACCCACUGAAGGAAGCUGUCUCCAACUGCUCACGGUCAGUGGUUCUGAACUGCACGUAAAAUCGGAAAAAAUAUCAGCCAGGAAGGCAGUUCGUCGCAUCUUCAUUGCAAUCGAGGGCUUUCCAUCCAACUUAUUAAUAUCUACUGUUUUCUUCACUUAUUCGAAUCGUCUCGGCAUUUGAGCGAAGUUGUUGAAGCCUUGUCUGCCCUAAGAGAUAACAGACAAUAUGCUAACAGCAACUGAAUUUCCUUGCAUUUGCAUCUUCCCUAGGAGAGUGCAAUGGUCUUUGUCAAGCAGUGGACUUGCCCUUUUGCUUUAAACAGGCCAACAAACUGCAGGCAGUGAAGCAUAAUUACCGCGGGCUGCCGUCAAUUAGUCUCAAUCGGUUGCCAGCUUCUGUUGCAAACCAUCAUUUAAAGUACUGCGGCCUGUUUGACAAACUGUACAGUGCGUGACCGAUCUCAUGACCUGUUAGCCAAAAUUCUGGAAUGUAUUUCCGAUUAGGAAGGAUUACUUAAGUGGGUUUGUUAUACUGAUUAACAUGCAGCAUAACCCUGUAACAUUUCGGAAUCGCUUUUUAAUGCACUUCGUUUUGACCUCCUGCAGAAACCACACUCGGAAAGAAAUGAUUACUUAUGUAGCACGCAUUUCUUUCCAUUGAUUUUCGAUGGUCUUAUAAAUGUAAAUAUAUUUUAUAGAAAACAUGCACAAAAUAUGCUUUCUUUUACUCUUUUGGUAGAAAAUUGCAUUGUCUUAAUAUUAAGGGCUGAAAAAAGUGCAUAUUUAGGUUUCAAAAAGGUUCUUACUAUAAGAUUUUUAAGACCGUGCAAUGUCCAUGCAUGCAGGACCGCAGAUGUAACUUUAUUAAUGCUCAUCAUGAAAUGUACAACACAAUCCGGAUCCAUUGCAAAAUUUCAUAAGCAAUUUGUGGUAUCGUCUUAUAGACAGAGCGGAAUAUGUGAUUUUUCUUACGUGAAAAGCAUGCACCUUGUAGACUGUAAUUUCUGAACGCUGAUGUAAUGGCAGAUCAGGCUGAAAAUUAAUCGGGAAUUGGGAAACUUUUUUUAAACCUAAAUACACACUUUCCUCAGGCAUAAAAUAUGAAGACAAGUGAUUUUCUACCAAGGGAGUAAAAGAAAUCUUAUUUUGUGGAUGUCUUCUAUAAAAUAUAUUUGAAUUUAUAAGACGAUCGACAAUCAAUAAGAAAAAUGCAUGUUACAUAAGUAGUCAUUUUACCGAGUGUGGUUUCUGCAGGAAGUUAAAAAGAAGUGCAUUCAAAAAGCGAAAUCCUGGCGAGUCCGAAAUGUUACAAGGUUAUGCUGCAUGAUAAUCAGUAUAACAAACCCACUUAAGUAAUCCUUCCUAAUCGGAAAUGCAUUCCAGAAUGUUGGCUUGUAUUUCAUGAGAUCGGUCGCGCACUAUAUUUCCCUAGUAGAGUAGUAACAAAGGGAGUUAAAAUGCUGCAUCACCUUAUGCGAGCGGCAGCCAGUGUGGUUAAAAUUAUAAACUCGCUACAUUACAGGACAUGACGCGUGCUCGGACAGUUAUAAGAUAGCCCGACGAUCAGAGGGUCAGUCAGCAGUUACCUUCAGCAGUCCAAAAUCUCUAAAGAAGCCGGAGGAGGAGUUUUUUGUGCUGGUAGAUUGCCAACAUGCAAAAAAGGCCUACUUUCGGUUAAGGCAAACUUGAUCUCAUUUUAUUUCCACAGAUCUCAUUCGGGAUUGCGAUGACGGUGCCUAUCAAACCAGAAUUCGGCCUGGGUCUUCUCACAACCGGCUGCUCUCCCGGUGGUGGUAACUCAAACGUCUGGACUCUCCUACUGCAUGGCGAUCUUAACCUCAGUAUGACGAUGACAUUCAUCAGCAGCGUUGCUGCCCUAGGUAAGCCCAUUCUGCUUGAUACGUCUUGUCUGUACUGAUUACUUUUCGGGAAGAACGUGGGAGAACAGAAUUCGCACAGUGUGAGGACUUUCGCGCACCGGAAUUCAUGCGUCGUUAGGCGGAUUUAGUCUUGCCUAUUUCUGCCUGAUACAGAGAGAGAGGAGUACUUUAUUUUGAAAAUAACAUUCAAAACUUUCAGCAAAAAACGGUUCUCCAGUACACAGCGAUUACCAUAGAGAUUAACAGGUAUUGGACAGGUGGACAUAAUUAUAUAUGAAGAAAAAAGGACUUUAAGGUGCAAGAUCAAGUUUUAGCUUUUGUUUUUCAGCAUCUUUACGGGUGAGAUACCGGGCUAGAAAUGGCAGUAUGGAAUUCUGAUAAGCCGAAGUGCGACAGGGGAUGUGGCGGAAGCAUCGACGCAUGGGGCGUAAGGAUUUCGCAGACAUUAACUCAUUAUGAAGGGGAUGGACGGUGUCAUUCAGAAUUCGGUCAGCAAAUUGUAUAAUAGUGUAUUUUAGGAUAACAGGCAAUGCCCUUGGUGACCCUAUUGAAAACGGUACAUAAAAUAUAAAUGUUAAAUGUACAUCUUACUAAUAUUUUGUCAGUAACAUAUUUGUCCACGGAAAACAUUUUCACAAUGCGGGACUGCGAAGGGUGAGGCAGGCGGUCUCCUCAGUGUACAUAUGAAAUUCUCAGUGCAGUUAUAUACAAUCAGCAUAAAGUGCUGUCAUUUGCAUAGUUUGAGAGGAGAAAUUUCAUUAAAAGUCAGGGAUGUGUUAGGUAGGGAUGAAAUCAAGAAAUGCAUUUAUGGCUGGCCGCAGAUAGUCCUGUUGUGAAAGUCGUUGUUUAUCAAAGAUCAAACUAUCGAGCUGCCUUUUGAAUGCAGCGAUUGUAUCAGAUGUCGCUAUUUCACUUGGGAGUGAGUUCCAUGGUCGAACAACACGCUGGCUGAAGGAAAACUUCCGAUUGUCUAGGCAAGUACGCUCCCGCUUGACUUUGUACGGGUGACCGCGCAGGUGACUCGUGGUCGUGAAUUCAAAGAAGUCGUCAGUUUUUAGCGAACACUGAUGUCCGUGGAUAAUGCUCCACCGUAUUGAAGUGUCACUGCACGAUGAUAUCAACUAAAAUAUGAUAGGAAACACCAGCAGCAGAGGCGAGCAUUCGAAUGACACGUUUAAAAAUAAUUAGAUCUUUUUGAAGUAAAGCUGGAAAAAUAACUGGAGAACAAUAAAGAUUGAGUGGAAGAAUACAGCCAUCUAUGAAUAGCCAGAUUAAGGACUGGGGUGUGCGAUAUGAACGCAGACGACGAAUGUAAUAAACAAGAUUUUGAAUUUUGGUUAAAAGGGUUUCCAUAUGAAGAGAGAAAGAGAGAUUUGAGGACAAAGUAACACCUAGGUACGGGAAAGAGGAUACCUCAUUGGGAAGAGUAUCCAAAGGUUCAGGAAUGGGAGAGGGUCGCAAUCGAAACACACACUGUACUGAUUUCUGAUUGUUGAGUAGGAGUCCAUUAUUCGACGACCAUGCGGAGACGUGAUCUAAACCAUCCUUCAAAGACCGUAGGUGAGUCAGGUUUUUGAGUGGGUGGCAUAUGACAUUGUCAUCGGCAUACUUAACAUACAGGCAGUCGUUUGGCGAUCUCAAAUCCUCAGUAUGUAGGGAGAAAAGAUGAGGGGAUAAGAUGGAACCUUGUAGAACUCCACAAUUGUUUGGAAGAAUAGAAGAUUUUCUCUUUCCCGACUGGACAAACUGUGUGCGGAAGGAAAAAUAAUCUCUAAGCCAAGAAACAACCCAGCUCGGAGCGUCACACGCAGCUGCUUUGGUCAGUAGGAGUUGGCGCGGAAUAGUAUUGAAGGCGGAUGAAUAGUCGAGAAAAGCACAUGCAUAUGCACGGCAUCCCUUGUCUAAGUCCCUCAAAGCUGAAUGGACAACUAAAGCAACAACAUCCAAGGUGCUACGCUUUGCCUUGUAUGCAAAUUGUAGAGGAUCAGAAAAAUUGACGGAGGAGUACUUACGGGAAUCUAAUGCAACUCGUUCAGUAAGUUUCAGGAGUACAGAAGAGCAGGCAAUCGGACGGAAAGAUUUAGGAGUAAAAGUUAAAGAUUUUUUAGGGAUUGGAGUAAUUCUUACUGUACGCCAGGCGUCAGGAAUCUUGGACUCUAUGAAGGAUAGAUUAAUAAGGUGGGUCAAGACGGGAGCUAUCUGCAAACAGCAAGACUUAAGGAGAAAAGGAGAGACACCGUCCGGCCCAGCCGCCGUUAACCCGCGAACCUUUUUGAGAUGGUGUUCCACUGCUGUCACAGUCACAGGAGUAAAGUCACAUGGUGGUAGGUAAAUUUUGUUUGGGCGAGAAUGGGAGUCGUUAGAAGUACAGAUAAAAUUUCGAUUUAAAGAGUUUAAAUCUACAUCAAUGGGUUCAAGUAUAUUACGUUGACCAGUUAGACGCUUGGAAUUUCUCCACAGUUCAGCAGAAGAAAAAGGAGAGGAGGGGGUGGAUGAAGCAGAAAAAAGUUGACUAACGAAUAAACCGUUAAGUCUGGCGAUUUCGUUCUUUAUUAAAACAUUGAUAUCCUUUAGCUUGUCACGCUGACCUAGUUUGUAGAAGGCUUCUUUCGACGUCUCAAGUGUUUGAGGGUGACUUGUACGUCUUGUCUAUACUGAUUACUGUUCGGGAGUAGCGUGGGAGAACAGAAUUUGCACAGUGUGGGGACCUUCGCUCACCGGAAUACAUACGUCGUUAGGCGGAUUUAGUCUUGCCUAUUUCUGAAUGUCAACAGUCGAAUCUGUUCAGAGGUCGUGUUGUCAGCACGCAUUUGAACCAGUGCUGUUCACCUCGUAAGCGUCUGUCCGUGAGCUGCAGACUCUGUUACCCAGUAUUUCAUUGGUUGCCCUGGUGGGCGCUUGGAACUUGUUUGGUUAGGACGUCUCCGCCGGAAGCUCAAUGGCAAUGAAAACAGUUGCUGCGUACUGCUGAUGGGAAGGAACUGCCAGGUGAUCUAAUGCUGUCUGGGUAAAAUGUCCAACUCAUUUGCUACGAACCUCAAGGAAGACUGAAAAAUCGAGCCUGACCAGAAAGUGUCUUCUCGAAUAUAACCUCGUUGUUUGGAUUUUAACCGGGGUAGAAGGACUUGUGAAUUAAGACAAACCACCGAAGAACUUAAACCUUGUAGUUCAGUUUAGAUCAGUUUUUCAGCGUCCGAGUUAUCUUUACACAUAAAAUGCGCAUUGUACGUUUGAAGAGCUGACUGAGUCAGUGAGGCAAACGCCGAACGUUUCCAAGAUCUGCAGGGUUUCGAAAUGCUACCCUCAACCAACAUUGAGGAAGACCUAAUGGCCACGGGGAAUCUAUUCGUCAUACAAUAUCCCUCUCUCUCGUAAAUUAAGCCCGACUUGUGCUUGGUACGAAUACGAUAAUGUCUGCUCCAGUCGGCCUCGAUGAUAUCACGGACUGUACUCCGCAGCAGCAGAUUUGGAUAGGUCAACCCGUUCGCCUCGCAAGAGACGGAGAGAAGGUGCAAGAACCGCUUUCACGUCGUGACGAACCGUGUCGAGCCGCGUCCUGAGUUGACUCCCGCUUCAAUGUCUCCACGUGCGUAACGGCGCUGGGUCGAGUGCAGCCAUAGUGAGCUCGUGGGCUGGACGUCAAAGAGUAUUUGAAGAAGAAGAUGGGCACACCAGAACAGGUUUAUUUAGAUGCUGACGGUUCGAGGAGCUUGGUCGGCUUUCCAUUGUCAAAACGGAAAAAGCACUUAAUUGACCAGAAAUCCCAAGUGGCGUGUCACGUUGGUCGGCCUUCUGAUGAUCGAUUUUUUUCUCCUCUCGCCGUCCCGGCCUCUCGGGGGAUGAUUGACGGGCAUUUUGUCUGCGUGCUUUGUGAGUCACCACUCCGUCGGGGGAAGAUAAUUGAACCAGUGUCGGGUUGUCGGUCUGGUGGUUCUUGUUCUUCCUUACCGAGUAAAUUCGCCAUCGUGCUGUCUUCUUAAGUUCGGUGUGGUUGUUUGGUCCUGAGCUCUACGAUUGUGAUGACGUAGAACUUUGCAAGCUGCAGGAAGGUCCAGAUGCCUGUUGAUAGAGUGAGCAUCGGAGAACCACGUCUCGAGAGUUAGCCGUUUUGCUUUUGUGCUGCCCCGGCCUAAGAUUGUAGCUCACUGGAGAUCGAAAGUAUGCCCAGUUUCUCCAACGUGUGUUGUUGAUUGAGAGUUUGGGUCUAACCUCCGAGUAGCCGAUUUGUGCUCAUGUGGGCGAGUCUGCAAUUUCCGCCCGGUUUCUCUCAAACAGUUGUAGUCGCCCUCGUAGCAAUUUAUUUUGUAGAUAACUGUCGAGGUUUCGGCGGGUGGCAAUGGGUCCUUAGGUUGCAUCAGAUGGCCUCGAAUUGUUGCCUGGGAUCAGUGGGCUAUGCCUACUCUGGCAGGUUGUAACAAUCGAGAGACCGCCUCAGAGAUCCCUUUAACGUAGGGAAUGACCCUUCAGACUUCAGGUUGCUGCUCAUUUGGCCGUCGUCUGUGCGCCCGACGUCUGCUUCUCUCGAUAAAAUGUGUGGGAUAACCAUUUGCUGCAAAUAGGUUCUGAAGAUACAUUCGUUCGGCUCUUUUUAUCUUCUGGCGUGCUGCAAUGUGUUUCGACUCUUUGGAAUAGAGUGCGGACACAGCUAUGUUUGUGAGACCGCCGUAGUCGUCUUUUUAAUGGCCUGCGAUAUCGUCGCGAUAUUGUCGCAGCAAGUACAGACUGUCUCAUUUGAGAUAAAGUCGGCGUACUUCACUCGAAGGAUGAUCCUCAAACAGUGGCGGGCAAAUACCUCCAGUUUAAGCUCAUCCUCCACGAGUACAGUCCAGCAUUCGCCAGUUCGACUGUCGUGGCCGACGAGGUUCACAGUGUGCUGCAUAGCAGAGCCAGGACAGACAGGGUGACAUGUAUGUGAGUUAGUUUAUAGGGGUCGCAGUCCUGCACAGCAUCUAACUCACUCUCAUUCUCCUCCCCUCCUGCGUCCGGCGUCAAAAACAUAGUCAAAGGCGGAAGAUGACGCAGGUGACUGGCAUGGCCGGACCCGCAUCUAGGCGUGCCAAUUCACGCCCCCUGGUCCACGACAAACACUUCACCAGGAUUUUAACCAGCAACAAAAUGGGGGGUGGCAGAAAUCCCGAUCGGCGCGAAGUGAGCCGUCAACUGGCCUGCCACCGCACCCCAAAUGCUGACAUUUGUUAUGGUUGUGCAUUCCCUAAAACACCUGCCAGUAUCCAACGUGGCCCCCGUGUCGGUCCAGCGCAUCUGCAGCGUGGCCCAUUUUGGGGGUCCAACAUUUACAACUAUUCAGAAGGAGCGACCAAACGGGGACAGAGAUGUCGCGUCGGGUUCAUAGACCAACAGCGCCAGUUUAGGAGACAAUGUCGUUCUUACUCUGCCCAUUCGGCAGUAGCCUCACGCCGAGGUAUUUAAAACUGUCUACAUCUUCACGCUGGCAACCAUUGCACUCAUGAGGUGCUUUCUUCUUUUCAGGGAUGUCAUAUGAAAUCGCUUUGGACUUUCCAGAGUUUUUGGAAAAACCGACGGAUUUAGCGACUUUAUUUACCCGUAACACGAUAAACUGUAGAUUGUCCAAGUCUGAAACGAGAAAAGCAAUAUCCUCAGUGUAGUUGACAUCGGUCAGCCGGCGGCUGGGUGCAAACUCCACACUCUCAAAACCAUGAGAGGCCAUUCCGAGAAUCCAAUCAGUGGGAUAGUUGAAUAGAAUGGAUGAGAGGAUGCAAUACUAUCGAACACCAGACCCGAUAUCGAGCGACUGGGAGAGGUUGGUAUGGACUCGAAGUCGCGCGGUGGUUAAGUGCUAGUAGGUCUUCACCGUGGCGAGGAUUUUGACUGGCACACCUACAAGUUUCAUUACGUGUCCGAGGCAUUCCCAAUGAACAGAAUCGAACGCAGCGCCGAGGUCAGCACAGCAGACGGCCCUCUGUUGUUGGUAGCUAAGGCGGAAUUCGAGAAUGCUCCACAGUGUAGAUAUCUGCGCGUCACAUCUACGCCCGGCCUAGAAUCGCCUGAAAAGGACGGCGGCGAAGACCUUUGUGGCAACAUCGAUGAGGCUUGUACCGCUGCAGGUUGCACAUAUUGUCCUAUUAUUCGUACUGAAGGCAGGUGCAAGUAUGCUCGAGAUGUAAGUAUCAGGAAUUAUCGCAUAACUCCAAGCUUGUUCAAUCAAAUGGCGCCGGAAUUCCGGUAAAGGGCACACCAUCUUCUCUGGAUGCCUUGUUGUUACGCAGCCUUUGUAUUGCGCCAGUGUCCUCUUCUUCAGAAGGGGGGUCGCAUGGCUCUGUAUAGACUGCGGAGGGAUAAUAUUCUGCGAUGGGUGUGAUGGGGUAUCUAUGAAAGUUGACAAGUGUUGGAAGUGCUCAUGCCAGCGAUUGAUCUUCGUCGAUUUGUUAACAACAGAAGCGCCAUUUGCAUGGUGAACAGAGUCGCUCACUGCCGGGGACUUACCACUAACUGUUGUUUUUGAAUUUCCUCAGAAAUCAACCGCGAAUUUGGAGUAGGUCAGUAUAUUCCAGGUUCAUAGGCGUAUACCCAAUUUUGGGUGUAUGUAUGUAUGGUCCAUCAGCCACAGCGGAUAACACCGCAAUAUUUAAUAACUACCUACAGGCAGCUAGUAGUAUAUUUUAGUGUAAGAGGAUAGCAUACUAGCAGCAUAGUUACUAGCUAUGAGCCCACCAACACGAUUUGUGACACCUAGGCGCCUCGCACACGACGUUUUGAGUGCAGAGUAGUGAAUUCCAAGCAUGUACGAUCGGGAACAUUGUGCGAUCCAUGGGCCUUACUAAUUCUGGCACCACGGAUCGGUCUGCCAUAGUGAACACAGCUGUAGGACCUCGAACUGACGAUCGACCCAACCGGUUGUAAAACCCUCCUUUAAAUACCAAAUCAGCCGAUGUUCGUCGCAAUGAUGGAAACACGUGUUGGCGACAAAUAGUCGGUUCUGAUCAGUAAUACUCAACAUUCUCUCCCCAUUGUUGUAUCACGAACUAAACCCAAAGCAGCCAAUAAGGUGACUGUUUGAAUAGUCGCCUGAUCCAGUUAAGCCUUUCCAGGCUCCUGCAACAGCCAGCAGAUCCCGGCUAGGGAGUUUCUCAACUAAUGCAUACCGACCGCGAGUAAAAUAUAUUUCAGUUCAGUUCAGUUUUUAUUAAGGAGUAUAUAGGCGUGCGACUUUGAACUCCCUAUUGGUAAAAAUCCUUUGAAACUAACACUGAGAAUUGGAAAGUUGAAAAAAGAUUGUGUGCAUAAAUGCAAGUGAAAGGCAGGUAACUGCCGGCUAGCUGAAAAAGGGUGAACAUGAACGUUUCCUCGUGCAACGUAAGUAGUAUAAGCGUAUAUAAGUUGGGUGGUGGGUUCUGGGAAUGUGUGUGUGGCUUGUAAUUGGUAAGCCAGAUAUGCGUCGAGUCCACACUUAAAUAAGUCCACGGAGGAGGAGCGUACAACGUCAUUAGGCAGGAAAUUCCACACUGUAACGACUUUCGUCCACUGAUCCUUGCUUUACCUGCGCGUAGUUUCAUGGGAUAACCGCGCAGAGCUCGUGUUCGAUUGAGUGAAGUAAUCACUGGGAUCUAAGCAACAGUUGAGGCCGUUUACAAUGCUGAAUGUUAGUAGAAGGUCACUACGCAGUUGCCUGUGGGAAAGGAGAAACAGGUUGAGAGUUAUCUCUGCAGUUGAUGUUGCUUCGUACACGGAGACAACAGGUAUGUUUGUAAAGUGACCCUUUAGUCGUACAUAGGCCAUCCGGUCAUUGACUGGUUCGCAAGCAAGUAGUAAACGGUUCGUAUGUUGCCAGAGGGCGAUCGCCAUCCUGUCUGCUAAAAGAGUCGCGCGGACUGCAGUGGUACGGGAGGAAGUGUGAAUGGAGCCUCAGGAUAUUUAUUUCCCGAGCGCCAGUUAAGAAUUCGGGCUUUAGACAGGCAGCUGACAUCCAUAUUUUACUCGUGAAGAAUGCGCUGCGUCAGAUUUUGGGUACCAGUGUCCGAUACCUAGGGUCCGUUCUCCAUUGAGUAGUCCGACUGACAUACAAACCCCCACCACUGGGGCCGGGUUGCAAAGAGCAUCGGUUCCCGCGGAUGUAGUUUCAUGAAUGGUAAUACUGCUUUCAGACAUAUUUUCGUGAGUUUUCUUAGGCCUCAUGAGUACAGCCGGGACCCCAGCAGCCGCUCGGAUCGUCUGUUCGAGACUGUCUCCUCUAGCGCUUUGGCUUAAGGAGCCAACUACAAGGCAGCGGUGGCAAUCAAUAUUACUUAAUGGUGGUUCACAGUCGCCGUGUCUCGGUGUCGUCAUCGAGUGUCGGGGAAUUUUAUAGGGUUAUUGGCGUCAUGGAUCCCAGUCAUCCGAACUCUUGUAGCACCUUUGUUGCCAGUCCGCGACUGCGUAUUCGCCAGACUCGAGAGUAUGCUUAUUUCGCGGCUUAUCUUUGCCGAUGGCCGUCCUAGUAUUUUCCACCUAUGGACUCGCAGGGUAGUCAGCCGCUAUCCCAGAAGAACACUUUUAAUACCUAAUCCGCUUAUGACAAUCACAAACGUUUCAGUAGGCAACACGUGCGGUUCACACGGUGGAACGCACGAAAGGAUUUGUCGGCAGGGUAGUCAGCAGCUAUCCCGCGGAUGCCGUUUCAUGAAUGGUAGUACUGCUUUCAGACAUGUUUUCGUUACUUUUCUUGGACAUCAUGAGUACAGUUGGGACCCCAACAGCCGUUCGGAUCAUCUGUUCGAGACUGUCUCCUCUAGCGCUUUGGCUUAAGGAGCCGACCAAAAGGCAGCGGUAGCAAGCAAGACUACUUAAUGAUGGUUCACAGUCGCCGUGUCUCAGUGUCGUCAUCGGGUUUGGGGAAUUUUAUAGGGUUGUCGGCGUCUCGGAUCUAAGUCAUCCGAACCCUUGUAGCUCCUUCGUUGCCGGUCCGCGACUGCGUAUUCGUCAGACCUGAGAAUAUGCUUAUUUCGCGGCCUGACCUUGCUAAUGGCUGUACUAGUAUUUUCCACCUAUGGACUCGCAAGGUAAUCAGCAGCUAUCCCAGAAGAACACGUUUAAUGCCGUAUUCGCUUGUGACGGUAACAAGCCUGUCAGUAGGCAAUACGUGUGGUCCACCCGGUGGACCGCCUACUUAAAAAAGCCCAAGUUUCAUCCACUAGAUCCUCAGUGGUGAAAACAUUUUUUGGCGAUGGCCAAACAUAGAGAUUUAAAGGAUUCCAAGGCAGUAUGUGAAAACGCGCACAAUGCUGUUAAUCCGAAGAACUUGAGCAGUUUAACAGGAGUCGCAGUGAAGACUAUUCAUACCGAAUAUUAAAUGGCAAAUAAUUGCAAUGUUGUAGUUUACAAAAGCGGCAAGACCAAAGUAGUCGGAAAACAUUUGCCUCCGUUUUGAGAUCGACAGUUCAAACAAAACGCAAGACCUUGUAGGCAAGGCUCAAGUACGCUGCCCUAGUCCCAGUGUAGGCACAAUGUGGGCAUUGUAAGCCGAAGAGGGAUGAUGAGAUCGACUGUAGUGAAAGUAACCGAGGCUGUAACCGAGGCGGCAGCCUUAUGUAUGACAAGUCUACUGCGACAUUAAAAAAAGCCUAAAUUCCCCGCAAAAGACAUGACUCACAGGAGACGCGGGGCAGCAAUAAUUCAAACCUAAUAGUAAACGUAACCGUUACCUCAAAAGUAAGCUUAAUCCUUUACGUAAUUAUAAACCCGACGCUGAACCUAAACUUAAAACUAAACCAAACCCUAAACCUACCACAAACAGUAGCCCUUAUUCUAAACCUAACCUUAACCCUGAGCCAAAUCCUAACCUCAACCUUAACCCCGACCCUAACCUUAACCGUAUUUCGAGCUCCAACUGUAAACAUAACCCCAGUCCUAACCUUAAUCAUAACCCCAAACCUAACCUUAACCGUAACCCAAACUCUAACCCUAACCUUAACACCGAACGUACACCUAAAGCGCAAUAUAAACCACAACUCCAAUCGAAUUCCCUAAACUUAACACAAACCCUAACCCUAAACUCAAUUCUCAGUCUGGCACUAACCAAAACUCUAGAACUAAGCCAAACUCUAAACCAAACCACAAGGUUGCGCUUUUCUGUUUUAACUUUGGCUACUUUCCCGCUAUCGAUUUUAGCAUCCUUCUUCGGCUUACUUUACUUGUAUUGCCCACAUUGCGUUUACACUUGAGACCAGGGUAGCGCCACCAACCCCUAUCGUAAAUCGUACAUCUUUGUUGCAGUUUGUCGAAUGCUAGAUUGCCCUUUUUAUGCAUUUUUUACUAAUUCAACCACUAGCCAGGCUUAUGCCUGCAAGUACGUGGCCUAGAAGCCAAUAUAAGGACAGAAUACUUAACAAUGAAUGUUAAGCACGGGUUAGAAAUGCACCGCUGGGUGGAGUAUGAGCAUCCAGCGGAGCCGUCGGUAGUCCACAGUAGUUGGUACGGGAGCAGGACCUCACUGUGACCUUGUAGGGUGUGUUCAGCUUCAGUGCAGAGACCAAACAGGAAAGGCUGUUCGAGAUGCAGAUCCUCCUCAUCGCGGCGUCGAUCACCCCGACCGCUGUAACCUCGUAAGUGUACCGCUUUCUGGAGUCUCACCUAGACGGACUCCAAGAUACGUGCAUGUCAGUGGCGCUUUCAUAAGUCACUGCGAAGGCGUCAAAGGACGCUGAAGUAACAAGAGGAAGCAGAUGCUGUCACUUCACCUGCUUCUCCAGUGACUGCGAACGAUAAAGUGCCGGCCAAGAGGCACUAGGUGUUCAUUAAAGUAAACUUAAUGACGAAUUUAGGCAAAAGUUCGAGUUCCAGGUGUACGUAUAGGUGAAGAUAAGGCUGAUCGGGCAUUGGAGAACUGUGUUUUGAGGUUUCGAAAUGGUGCCGGAGUCCAUCGUUAGAGAAAACGGCAGCAACAAAAAAGCGACUAUUAUAGGGCGUGCUAACCAAUCAUCCAUCAAUAAUGCAGGACUGGAGAUGACUGGGCAGAUCAAUAAAUCGAUCGGCUGAGGUUUCACCCGAGGCCCAGGCCUCUAUCAAUCUUCGGCCUGUUUUAUUUUCCGCGUAGCCGAUUAUCUUGGUGGCUGCAAAGUUAAACUCAUGACCCAUUUCGUAGGUGUGGACGGCCACUUGUGAUAAUGCGUUGCCUCGUCGCACAGCCAGCUUAUGUUCGUAUAUGCAUGAUUCGGCCAUGCGUCCACGUGUAGUUAAAAGGACAGUUUUGGCACGAGAGCGAUACAGCACUCCAGAUUGCGCUCAAGCCUUAACCGCUCUUUGAUUUUUAUGACCUUGCUGUGCAUGGUGGCCUUGAGGCAGUGUGCAAUUCCAACACCUAGCUCGGCGGCAAUGCACUCGGUCGCUUCUUGAGCGUCUUUAAUGUAUGGCGGAGAAUGCCAUAUCGUUGGUACCUUUGAAGUUUGGGUCUUCCGAGGGACGACCACCUAAGCAGCGACUUACGAAUGUCUUCGAAUAACAACUUUGUGCAAACUGGGCGCGGAGAUAACAGACCCUACGUGCUCUUCACGCCGGAUCCGUCUGGAGAGCGUCUUCAGAAGCCAAUGUUCCGGUGCUCGAUCAGCCUUCUGUCUCACUUAUGUUGUAUGAUCUCUGCAUAUUCCGCUGGCCUUCUACUUCAUAAGCAGUCGCCUUUUAGGAGCAACCGAUGUUGUGAUUUUGCCGAGUGCUCAUAUCCCGAAUUUAGGGGGAAGCGGGGGGCCGACGACUGCAAACCCUUAUCAGUCAAGAACAUUGUUCACCUUUCGAUUACUUUCUAACCUUCUGUGCUGCUGCACUGCCCAGUCGGCCCUUUUUUCUCUCUCUCAAAGGCAUGAUGCCGCUUCUGCUGUUUAUCUACGGUCGCUUCUCCCUUGACGUGCAGCAGAUACGGAUUCCCUACGGUCAGAUUGCUGGUCAACUGCUCUACAUUGCUGGGCCACUUGUCGUUGGACUGUUGGUGAAGUACUACCUCCCCAAGCUGGCCACUAAGAUUCGGCGAUUGCUGCGGCCACUGGCAAUUCUUACCACCGUCUUCUUGGUCGGCUUCGGAACGUACGUGAACCUGGCCAUCUGCGCCCUGAUUGGUCAAUAUCCCCUCCUCCUGGCCACAGCAACUGCUCUACCCUGGAUUGGCUUCCUGGCUGCCGGCCUUGUCGCCUUCUUGCUUCGGAGGUCACGCGCCGAAAUUCUCACCAUUGCCAUAGAGACGGGCAUACAAAAUAUCGGCAUAGCCGUCCUCGUGCUGAUCUACUCGAUGCCUCAACCGGAGGGCGAUAUUGGUGCUGUGAUGCCCCUAGCCGUGUCCAUAUUCACGCCUCUGCCUCUGAUGAUCGCGCUGAUUGUUCUCAGUAUUCGGGAGAGGCGAUGUGCCUGUUGCCGAAGGCGGUCGAAGCGCACAUCGCUGGCACAGCAGGUGGAGACUCCAGGUUGGAUUGACGCCUGUGGGGAAGGGGAAGGCGAUGAAGGUGACGGACUGAGAGCUCUACGGUCCUAG